AUGCCUGGCAGCUCUGCCAAGUUUCCUGGUUCUGGGAGGGUCUCUCACUACUCUUCUUCUUCUCUCCUCCCUCGCCCUUCUGUUCCUCCUCCUACUCCUGCUCCUCCUCCUCCGCGUCCUUCUGCUCCUCCUGCUAAGCGUUCUAAGCUUUCCUCUGCCUCUUCUCGUAAGCAACGUAAGCUUACCUCUGUUCCUCUCGCUUGGCGCUCCUCUGCUCCUCCUGCUUGGCGCUUCUCUGCCCCUCCUACUUGGCGCUUAGCUGGUCCUCCAGCUAAGUCUUCCUCUGCUCCUUCUGCUGGUCACUCCUCUGCUCCUCCUGCUAAGCUUUCCUCUGGUCCUCCUGCUAAGCUUUCCUCUGCUGCUCCUGCCCCGCGCCCCUCUGCUCCUCCUGCUAAGCUUUCCUCUGCUCCUCCUGCCCCGCGCCCCUCUGCUCCUCCUGCUAAGCUUUCCUCUGGUCCUCCUGCUAAGCUUUCCUCUGCUCUUCCUGCCCCGCGCCCCUCUGCUCCUCCUGCUAAGUCUUCCUCUGUUCUUCCUGCCUCCUGUUCCUCUGCUCCUCCUGCAAAGCGCCCUAAGCUUUCCUCUGCUCCUUCUGCUUGGCACCCUGCUGCUCCUCUUCCUCCCCCUGAGUCUCCUCCUAGCUUCCGUAAAUGCAAACGAAAGUCUUCUCCUCCUCGUCCUGAUCCUGUUGUUCCGCAGCCGGAGCCUGCCCCGCUGUUCCCUGGACCUGUCCCGGACUGGGUGGUGCAGAUGGAGGCGUACCUGCAGGAGCGGGAGCUGCCCUGGAAGGAGCAGAAAAGUGCACCUCAAAGACACCAUCAUCAUUCCAGCACCAAAGAGGUCCCCACUCUCCAGCGUCAAGGACUACUGGUGCUAUCUGCAUCAGUAUUGCUGAUGACACAGCAGUGGGGACUCCUCAGCAACAGAGACAAGGCAAACUGCAGGAAGAAUCCGGAAGUGGCCGGAAAGAAGCGCCGCUGCUCAUUGCCUGGAUCAGGAAGAGAAACUACCACUAACUUGAUAUAUGACCUGAUUUCCCCAUUUAAGGAUGAGCAGCUCAGAGGAGGUGUCCUGGAUCUCCUGGUUCUGUGGUCUGAGGGGGAACGAGUUCUUCUGCGAGGUGGAUGA